AUGUUCAGAAAGAUCCAUUCAGUCUUUCACCCCAGCUCCCAUAGGAGGAAUCUGUCUGAUGAUAUCCCUUGCUAUGAUGGCAUAGGCUCUGCUGUAAGGCUGAUCCGCAGCACCUCUAUGUACGCUCUUGGAGGGGAGCAGCAGAGACUCAAUGAAUCCUUGAAAAAAUGCAAAAGUACCACCAGUAUAGAUUCGUGUGCAUACUUCCCACAGAAAGAGGAAGACAGGGCCUGGAUGUACUCCAAGACUCAACAUUGCUUACAGUACUUACAGGAUCUAUUAGCUUUGAGAAAAAAAUACCUUGACAGCAUCAAUGACUUAAAAUCCAUGAACAUGACAUCAGAAAUUUCUCCGGUGUCAACGAAAUCCUCCAAAACAGGGGAAAGCACUCCUAUUGAUGCAAGUCACCCCAAAGAGGUUAGGGAGCAAAGAAGCUAGAAAAGAGUCCCACAGCCCAAUUCAGAUGUAAGAGAGGCAAUAGCUUUCUUGGACUCAGUGAUUGCAGAUCUGGAUGCAGAGAGAUCGCAGAAAGUUCCUGUGACAGAUCUCCCAAACGUGGAUGUUGACUUUGAUGUUGCUACCAGCACUCGUGAGCACAGUUUACAUUCAAACUGGAUUCUCCGUGCCCCCCAGAGGCACUCCCAAGAUGCCUUGCACAUAGAGGCAGCAAGCCAGUCUAAAAGAAACAGCCAGAGAAGAACAACUGGCUCCAGAAAGAGACUGGAAAGAUAUCCAAUUUAUUUACCCAAAGCAGUGGAAGGGGCAUUCAGCACUUUAAAAUUUAAACCAAAAUCAUGUAAGAAGGACUAG